GGACCGGGACUGGGCGGGCCGAGAGAGGCGAAGGGAGGCGGUGGCCACUCCUCUUUAAGCCUCUAGCUGUCCCCGCCCGCUCAACAGCAGCAGCUUCUCUCCAGCCCGGGCGUGCAACAGCGGCGGCGCAGGGAGCUCCGGCCAGUGCGCGGCGACACGGCUGCCCAGCGCGGCGCCUCCGCAGUGCUCCCGCUCCGCCCCGGCAUGCCCAUCACUGGAGGAGCUGUGAUAAGGAGAUCGGGAUUCGGAGAAGAGCCCAUCUUUGCCCUGAAGCAGCCGAGUAGUGCCUCUUGUUUCUUAUCAGGAUGAAGUGAAGUGCCAAAUUGCUCCUCUUCAGAUCCAUGGAGUGGCAAGACCGAGGUUCUUGAUUGGACUGGGCUGGGCAGAGCCCCCCCCCACCUACCUCCUCCUCCAUUCUGGUCUUUCAACUCACCAUGGGGUGGAGGCAUCUCCUCUUGCUUCUACCAUUUGCUUUGUAUGUCCUGACACUACUUCUGACCACCCAGGCAGCUGGGCCCCCACGGACGCCCAAGGGCAACCGGACACAGGGGGCAGGAGCCUCUCGGAGACCUUACAAGCCAGCCAAGGAGCAACUGAACCAGUCCCUAACCAGCACGGCCCCUUCUUCUGUGCAAGCCAGUGGCGGAGGAAGCCGUGGACGCAGUCCUGGUGUAGGUCCAGCAAAGUUGCCCUCCUCCAGCAGCAGCAGCAGCAGCAGCAGCAGUGCAGGCAAUUCCAGCCCAGCAUAUGAGACAUGCAUGGGUUACUAUGAUGUGAGUGGGCAGUGGGACAAAGAGUUUGAAUGCAACAACACUCAGCAGGAUUUUCGCUACUGUUGUGGCACCUGCUCUUUCCGCUUCUGCUGCAACAAGCGCUCUAAGAAGCUCAAUCAGGAAAAGUGCCGAAAUCAGGACCCCCGUCCUAGCACAGAUCCUAUGACCCCUGCCACCAGCAAUAAUGGACCUGGAGAUAUACCCAAUGGGUAUGACCCUAAUGAGGACAACACAAAUGCCACCGUCUACAUUUCAUGUGGGGCCAUUGCCUUUGUUGUCAUUGCGGGCAUUUUUGCUAAGGUGGCAUAUGACAAAGCACGACAACCGCCACAGGAAAUGAACAUCCACAGGGCUCUGGCCGAUAUCCUCCGGCAGCAGGGACCAAUCCCCAUAGCACACUGUGAAAGAGAGACUAUCUCGGCUAUAGAUACCUCCCCCAAAGACAACACACCCAUCCGAACAUCUUCGAAAAAUCACUAUACGCCAGUGCGCACCUCUAAGACCAACCCAGGUCAUUAUGGAAAGGAUAUUUAUCGAAGUGGAGGUCCAGAUUUCCAUAAUUUCAUCUCUUCUGGGUUUGUCACAUUAGGAAGAGGACACAACAAGGAUGACCAAGAGCAAAAUUAUAACCACCUGCUAUUAAGCACUGCAAACCAGACACCAUCACAUGAAAAACCACGGAUGAACAGUAUCCUCACCUCUGCUACAGAGCCCUAUGAUUUGUCCUUCUCCAAAUCUUUCCAGAACCUCUCACACCUCCCUCCAUCGUAUGAGUCUGCAAUUAAGACUAAUCCAAGUAAAUAUUCUUCUCUGAAGAGAUUAACUGACAAGGAAGCAGAGGAAUAUUACUCUCGAAAGAGGCACCUUCCAGACUUAGCAGCAAGGGGGACCCUCCCUCUCAAUGUCAUCCAGUUAUCCCAGAAACAAGUCAGCCAACGGGAGCGGCCACGCCGUGUAAUGCGGGCCAUGUCCCAAGAUCGGGUGUUGUCCCCAGAGAGAAUCAUGCCUGAGGACUUCAGUAUGUCUUAUGAGCAGAUCCUCUCAGAUGAACAGCUGUUGUCUACCGAACGUCUUCAUUCCCAAGACCCUCUGCUUUCUCCAGAGCACUCGGGCUUUAGAGAGCAGUCCAUGUCACGAGCUUUGUCCCACUCUGAUGUAUUUGUUUCAACACCUGUCUUGGAUCGCUACCGGAUGACUAAGAUGCACUCCCAUCCCAGUGCCUCAAAUAACUUGUACAACACCUUGAGUAUGAACCAAACCUCAGCCAAACGCCAAGCAUUUGCCUCCCGGCGACACAACACAGUGGAGCAGCUGCACUAUAUUCCAGGAUACCAUCACCAUUACCGCACAGCCAGCAAGACAGAGGUGACUGUUUGAUCAGAGACACUGUGUUCCUUGUAGAUAAUUCAUGUGGACCAGAUGGUUCAGUGCCGUAUACUGCAGCGGCCUUAUGGCCAAGAUAACCUCUAAGACAGACUCUUCCAACAGUCCUGUCGGUAUUGUUUUGAACAUUCAUUUUCAUGUUAUUGACAAAAAACGGGAAGAAGAAAACCUGAAUAAGGAGAGAUUAUAUACAUGAAGUUUUGUGACAUGCUCAGUUUCUGUCAAAGAAAGUCAUGCUAGUGAUGGCUUCUUUCACAGGCUCACUAACACCAAUUAUUUCAUGUUUACUAAGUCAGGCUAUUACUUUUACAACCAUUAUGACAAACAGUCUUGCAAAAUUAGCAGAAUAUGGUAUUAGUUCAGGUUUCUCUCUGGCAGAGUGAAAAUCUAUUAUAUUACAGUGCUUGCUAGGUGCUGCAUCUUACCAAGAGUGUCCAACAGGUGUCUUUGCUGAGUUCUGUUCUAACUGUAUGUAGUCCACCUGUUAGAAGAUAGUGCAUUUCCAUGUGAGCAUAAUUCUUCCUGAUUUGGAAAGAAAUUAUAGUGGCAAACAAUAUUAACUAGCUUAACAAAAUUCAAGAGAAGUGGUUAAGAAACCACUUAAUUUUACAUAUCAUUGCCAAGUAUACAGUACAUAAACCCAGGAGUAUCAUGAUUGCAGUAGAUAUAAUAAAUAAACAAAGAGCAGAAACUAUUCCAGUGCCUAGAGAUAAACAGUCCUAGAUGCAAGAAGGUGUGAAAAGGGUUUGAUUACAAGCACAAUUAUGUUAAGAGUGUUUGCCACCAUCCCCCUUUUCAUUUAUACUCUAAAUUUCCAACAUUCUAAUGUAUCUAUAUAUAAAUUAUUCUCUCUACUAACAAGUCAAAUCACCUAUUUUCACUGGGCAGAUCAUUUUUAUGUCCAGGAUAUAGUUGCUUCUGAGAGAGAUCCAAUAAGAUGUAUGGAGUAGCUUUAGCUCAACUAGCAUUCUAUGAACAUAUAACGACAACUCCAUUUUGGCUUGGUUUCUUGCCAGACUACAACUUUUAUUCAAUUGUUCUUGGGAGUUCCUUGUUUUACACAUUUUCUUAAAAAGAAUAAUCAUCCUAAAGCCUUCUCAUAGCCAAAUGAUAUCUUUGAACUGCCAGUUUUUUUCUCUGUCUUAAUCCCAUCCAUCAAGUGAGAUGCUCAAGCAUCUCAAGUACCAAUUUGGCAUAUUAUACAGCCAUUAUACAGUGGUAAUUAGACACUGGGUGUCUGUAAAGUCUUUCAAAUAAAUGUUUAUAGAUCCAGCAUUUGUUGGAUUUUGUACAGUUGGAAGAGAUAUUCUAAUGAACAUAUUUCUAGAGACUAACCCCUAACGUUCCUACCUGGCCCUGAGCUCUGCCCCUAAAAGAGCUGGAAGGUCUGUGUGAAUCUCUAAAAUGUUGCUUUGUGCCAUUAUGUUCUUGUAUCCUCAUAUUACGGGAGUAUUGCCAGGUUUGCACAGUAGCACCUGGACAUCUUGCCUCAAAGGGGAUUCCACAGAGCUUCACGAUACAAACAGGUACAUUGAUUAAAGGUUCCUGAGGUAUGUGGCUUUCUCUGGACAGAGAUUCUUCAUCCAGUUUUUCUUCAGGUUCUCACAGUGUUUUUCAAAGAAACAACCAUGUAAAUAGUGAUACUUGUCCUUUUUUGUUUUUUUUUUUUUUUAGUAAUAUGACUUUGUUUACAGCACCAGCAAGAAGUAGCAAAGGACUGUUUUUGCUGGCAUGUGAUGUUUGUAGACCACAGACUGGAGCCAUAUGAAACACUGUGCUUUGCUUAACAGAAACUGGGCUAAGAGGGGGAAAUGGUGGUGGCUACCAUAAUUGGCUCUCUGCCUUCGAGUGACAGAUGUGAGUUUUGGAUUACUUAUCAUUAACUGUAAUGUAUGUAAGGAAAACCACGGGGAGGUGGCAACAAUUCUCUGAGUGUUCUGGAAUUUGUACUAUUUUCUGCCCUCAAGUGUAGCUGUCUCCAAACAUCUCUGGCUCUGUACAAUAUGGAUAAUACAAUGUCUGCGAUUUACUAAUACAAAAAUAGCAUUGUUGCCCAGAAGCAUAAGAGCACUGCAUUAUCUGACAUGAAAAGCCAGCUAUAUAAAUAGUUUGCUUCAAUCUUCCUUUACGUAAACUCUGAGACAGUGGUGGGAUUCAGCCCGUUUGCGCCAGUUUGGCAGAACAGGUAGCUAAUUUUUUGUUGCCCAGGCCCAGAAUGGACUUCCGGAAGCAGCAUCCAAACAGAGAACCGAUUGUUCGCAUAUUUGAAUCCCACCACUGCCCUGAGAGUAUUGACUACAUGGAUUAACCUAAUAUUUGAGAAAAAGAAUUUCUGGGCUUUCACUUGUUGAAGCAGUGGGUGAAAGAUCCACUCAGUAAUUUUAAUGUUGUAAAGAUUUCAUAUCAUCUUUUCGAGCAGAGGUGAUUUUCUGUAGCAAUUGUCUUAGUCUUAUAGCAGCUUUCAACAAGACCAAGAAGACCUUGUCCUUUCAGCAACUUACAUGAUCUAUAUUAAUCAUCAGCACAUCUUUCCUUACAAGCUCUCUGAGGACACUGUAAAAGAGACAUGGUGGUAUCCUGAGGGUUAGAGUAUUGCUGAGGUCAGUUCUGCCUGGAAUUUGAUUUAAAAAUUAGUUUGCUGUAUUGAGAAAAUUUGCUAAGGUCAUAGCUGGACUGAACACUCUUUUCAUGAUCACAAAUAAUCUUGAAGGGUGCAUUUCAAGAUUGACAGGAAAAAAGUGGAACUGCGAAGGAGAAAAUGGACAAAGUCUGGCCAAAACAAAACACCAACAACAAAAAAAAGGAAAUCCAUCUGGAUUAUUUUCAAAUGAUUCAUUUUUUCCUACACUUAACUUUAUCAAUUAAUUUGAGAUUUCCCCCAUAUUCUGAAACUCUUUGCCUCAUCAGGUCAUAGCAAAGCUUGGAGGAAAGAAAUACGGCUUGUUGGUUGCUCCUUCAUGCUAUGAAGUGAGCCGUUCUUAUUAUUUUAGCUCCUUCAUAGUGUUGUCUAUCUAUAACUAUCCUAACUUCAGAUUAAUCUUACAUUUGAUUGGCUCAUCAGACUAUUAAAAUGUAAUGACUGAUCUUCCAUGUCACAUUUGAAAUAUGCAGACCUAAUACAAAAAUUUCACAAGGAUGAAAGUUAACAAGUUUUAUUAAUCUAUUUUUACAGCUUCUAAAGAUAAGGCAGUUUUUAAGAAUUUACAAGCGAAAUUAUAACCUAUCUUUCCACUGUAUAGCUGAAAAAAAGUUUUAAAAAACCUAAAAAUGUGAUAUGCUUGAAAAACACUGCAGAUUAAAGAGCAGAAUUAUUAGCUAGCCAAAUUCAGCCAAAGGACUUGAUGAAAAGGACAAUUAGCAAGGAAUUAAAUGGAAUUUGCUUAUUGCAUGUUUUACAAACCUCCUUUCUAUUAAAUAAGUUCCACAAAGAAUUUAAGGAGUGCUUCAAAAAUUUACAGAUAAUUUUGAGGGGAGGAGGGAACAAGAAAAUGGGAUGCAGUCCUAGAAAAAGCUGGAUGUUUGUUUGUUUUUUAAGUUGCCUAUUCUCAUUGAAUUAUAUGACCGAAAAGGGCAAAUCCAUUUUAGCUUGAAAAGCAAUUUGUCAAGCUAUGAGCUACAAGACAAAUAUAAAGACAGCUUGA